UAGGCUACUGCGGUGACAACAAUGGCGGAUAUGAUCCAAAUGCUCUUUGUUCAGAAGAUCCAACUACAUCUGCAAUUGUAUGCACCUGUAAUGCUGGUUAUACUAACACUGGUAGCGCCGACAACGUUGUCUGCACAGAUAGUUGCACUAUCAAAAAUGGAGGUUGUGGUCCACACGCCGCUUGCUCACAUCAUGCUAAUACAUAUGCAGUAAAAUGCACCGAUAAAGCUGAUUAUACCAACAGGGGAUCGGCAUCGGAAGAGAGACGCACCGAUACAAGAUCGGCAUCGGGAGAUAUACGCAUAGUUACUAUUCCUGCUAAUGCUAAAUGGUCACAGAAUGGUAUGAAUAUUGUUGGAGGUAACGGGGUUGGGGUUGCCACUAAUCAACUCAACUGGCCUCAGAGUCUCUUUGUUGAUGCUGAUCAAACAGUGGUUAUUGCUGACUACUGGAAUCAUCGUAUCAUCCAAUGGAAGAACGGCGAUACAACAAAUGAACAAGUUGUUGCUGGUGGCAACGGUCAAGGAAAUGGAUUAAAUCAAUUGAAUCGUCCAACCGAUGUAUUAAUUGACACCGAGACGAAUAGUCUCAUUAUUUGCGAUCGAGAGAAUCAACGAGUUGUACGAUGGUCUCGUCUUAGUGGCACAACACAAGGUGAAAUACUCCUCGACAACAUCUAUUGUUGGGGUUUAGCAAUGGAUGAACAGAAAUAUCUCUACGCCUCUGACACCGGAAAAGGUGAAAUAAGACGAUAUCAAUUGGGUGAGAAGAAUGGCAUUCUCGUGGCUGGUGGAAAUGGACAAGGUGAUGGACUCAAUCAACUUAGCAAUCUUUUUAAUCUCUUUGUCGAUAGAAAACACAAUGUCUACGUGUCAGACUACUCGAAUCAUCGUGUAAUGAAAUGGAAUAAAUGUGCAAAAGAAGGUAUUGUGGUCGCUGGAGGACAAGGCCAAGGGACUGCUCUGACACAAUUGUCUUAUCCUUAUGGAAUCUUCGUUGAUACGUUGGGUACAUUCUAUGUAGCAGACUCGGGGAAUAAUCGCGUAAUGCGUUGGACUCAUAGAGACAAGAAGCAAGGCACUGUAAUUGUGGGUGGAAAUGGUCAAGGAGCAAGCACAAAUCAGUUCUACUCCCCCCAUGGUUUGUCUUUCGAUCGAUAUGGUAAUCUUUAUGUCGUCGAUUGUAAUAAUCAUCGUGUUGAACAAUUUUCUAUCGAAUAA